UUUGUAUUUUUCCGUAGUUAUUAUGAUAUCUUGUGUUUUAGUGUUGAGUGGAACCUUUUCGUUGAUAAAUAUAAAAAUAACUGAUUGCGUUCAAACAAUUCAAUACCAUUUAUCCAUAUAAUUGAAAAACAUUAAAAUAUUAAUGAUUAAUCCAUAGGUAGUGCCCGUGACGAAAAAUCAGAGUUUAGACGAACAUAAAAGUAAUUUUGUGCGAUGCUAAAGUUAGCAUGUGUGUUGUUGCUAGCAACGAAUGCCCUAGCCGUUGACCUCAAAGGGACAGAAAUUGUCAUGACAUUUUUGGUGCAUCGCCAUGGCGACAGAACUCCCGUGGAGCCCACGUUAUCUUUCAGCACAAAUCCCAUCAAACUGGCUGAAUUAACCAUGCCUUACGGAUAUGGACAAUUGACAAAGGCCGGCAAAACCCGUGCCUACAAACUCGGUCAGUUCAUCAGGAACCGGUACAGGUUCAUAUCACCCCAGUACAACCGAUCCGAGGUGUACAUCAGGUCGACCGAUUCCACCAGGGCCAAGAUGACGGUCCUAUCGGUACUGGCUGCCAUGUACCCGGCCACGGAGAAAUUAUUUGACGAAGAUAUCAAGUGGACCCCGGUGCCGUAUACCACGGUGCCUAUGAAGUAUGAUUUUAACCUAGCAACACUCAACUGCCCAGUAUUCUCCAACAACUACAUAAAUCUAUUACCUGCAUCGUCAGACUACAUGAGCACCCAUGGCCCAGCUGUGGAUCUCCUGGCCAAGCAGACCAGUCGUCACGUGUCGCAGCUGACACCCACCCUUGCGUUUGCCAUCGUCGACGUGUAUAAUAGUCAGCUCAGCUUGGGAAUGCCCCUAAACAAUGAAAUUGACGCAGCAUGGCCUGAACUGCAAGCCGCCGCCGGCGCAGCCAUCGACAUCGUGUUCGGGGACGAAAACUACAUCGCUCUUGAGGCUGGGGUCCUCCUUAAUGAAUUCUACAAGGCUGCUUCUGGCGUCAUUUCUGGGACCGAAUCCAGGAGAUUCUGGAUAUACUCUGGCCAUGACCUGAACGUAUAUGGUCUUACUGCGGUGACGAAAGUCACUGAAAGGCAGGGUGUACCCAAGUACGCUUCAGCAUACGCUCUCGAGCUGAGGAAAGUGGUGGAGACAGGCAAAUAUGUUGUGGUGCCGGUCUACCUGCCAAGCCCAGGGGAAGAAUUAAAGUACCUAGAAAUAGAAGGAUGUGGUACCGUCUGCGAUUACCAGCAGUUUGUGAACAUCACCUCCAAAUAUGCCCUGGAUGAAACCACCUGGAGAGCCAGGUGUGGCUUCUCUGAUGACCUGGUUUUCGAUGAGGAUCAUCUUGCCUAAAUCCAAAUCGGGAGGUAGUUUGUAAGUGCAUGCUUUUGACACAGUAACUUUUGACAACGUAGAUUAUAAGGUUUUAUAAUAAUUGAGAUUUUGACAUUAAUUUUAAUUUUUGUGACACUUAGGUAAUAUAGAAAUUAGGAUUUCUACAUUUUAUAUACCUAGAAAAUUGUAUUAUGUAGAUUGUAGGUACUUUAGUGCAAGCCAAUAGAUUUCAGUAAGGUAGCAUAAAGCCGAAUAACUUUGACUUUGAAUUGAUAACAUACAUUCAUACCUAUUACCUAAUGAUACAGUCAACAGUCUAUAUCUAUUUUUUUUACUGGAAAAACUAUCAAAAAUCGCGGAAUAUACAUGGGGGUGAUUCGGCUUGACACUACUUUUUGGGACACCCUGUAUAUUAACCUAACAUAUUAUUAUGCUGAAAUAUAUUGGCAUGCAUGAUAACUAUAAAUGAAUAUCUCUUUUAAAAGUACGCAAGACUUAUUAUUUUAGGUCCCAGUAGGUGAGUACAUUGCAUUUUUAUUACAUGACUACUAUGUUUUUUAACAAUUGACUCAUUUUAGUUCGUAAGCUUUUAAUGAUUUGUGUGUGAUUUUGCAUGGAUUUGUAUUUUUUGAAUUAAUUGAUAAGGACAAAUACAAUUUUGAAUUA